GCAGCUCCUCCCCGAGGCCGCGGGGAGGCGCUUCUUCCUUCUCGGGGCGGCGGUGGCGAGAAGGAACCGAGGGUCCAGCAGCCAUUUUUUUCGGGCCGGCCCGAGCGCGUUGCCGGCGGAGACUGGGGGUGAGUGCGGGAAAUCUGGAAGAAACUCCUUCCCCGAGAGGGAUAUGACGUGUAAUGGCCCCGUUUUGGAGGAUCCGUCCCCCGACCUGGCUGAGUUGGCUUCCAGACAAGAAACCUUUGCCAAUUUUCCAACUCGCUGCCCCGUUUCUUCCUCGGACCUAGCCCAGGCCGGAUUCUUCUACACGGGAGAAGGGGAUCAAGUCAGGUGCUUUCGCUGCCUAGCAACCCUGGAAGGAUGGGAAGAGGGAGACUCGGUGGUUGGAAAGCACAAAAACAUCUCUCCAAACUGCCCCUUUAUCAACGAGGCCAACUUCGAAGAGGGUCGUCUGCUUUCCGGGAUCCCGAACGGUCCCCCCGCAAGAGAAGCCGCCCCCUCCGUCCCACCCAAUCCUGAGCUCUCUUCCGAUUUCGAUGCCGAUUACUUGGUGAGAACCAGGCAAGUGGUGGAUAUCUCGGGCUCCCCGUAUCCCCAAAACCCGGCCAUGUGCAACGAAGAGGUCCGGCGGAGAUCUUUCCACCACUGGCCUUCCUACGCGCCCGUCAGCCCGGAAGACCUGGCCAAUGCGGGGCUCUAUUACCGAGGCAUGGGGGACGAAGUGGAGUGUUUUUGUUGUGGGGGAAAGUUGAAAAACUGGGAGCUGGGCGACCAGGCGUGGUCGGAGCACCGCCGGCAUUUCCCGAGAUGCUUUUUCGUCCUUGGGCAUGACGUUGGGAAUGUUGGGAACGUUGCCCAUCCGCCAGGGGAUGGACAGUUGGACCGAAGCAGUACCACCCACUGGGGGUCUCCUCCUCCUCCUCAUAACCCCUCCAUGGCGGAUUUCGCAAAGCGCCUCCAGACCUUUGGGGCGUGGAAUUACUCGGUGAGCAAGGAGAGGCUUGCUCAAGCUGGCUUUUACAGUCUAGGUAUGGCUGACGGCGUCGAAUGCUUCUGUUGCGGUGGGGGACUGAAGGAAUGGAAGGCGGGUGAAGAUCCGUGGGAGGAACACGCGAGAUGGUAUCCUGGGUGCAAAUACCUGGGAGAAGAAAAGGGACAAGCUUUUGUGAACGGCGUUCAUUUAAAGUCUUUGCCACAGGAAUCAACUGCAGAAGAGCCCGAGAAAGUUUUAACUAUUGAAGAUCUCAGUACAGAAGAGAAGUUGAAACGUCUGGAGGAAGAAAAGAUCUGCAAGAUCUGCAUGGAUAAGCUUCUCUCCGUGGUCUUCAUUCCUUGCGGACACCUGGCUUGCCAAGAGUGCGCCAAGGUGGUGGAGAAGUGUCCCUGGUGUUGUAAGGUCAUUGCAAACCGGCAGAAGGUCUUCAUGCCCUAAUUGGGGGGCGCCGGCUGCGAGAGAUUCCAUGAAAACAAAAACAACCCCUCCUCGCCCCCGCAAAACAAAAAAAAAUCCAAAAGCUAACCCAGAUUGGCAGGGGUGACCUCCGAAAUGGAUUUAGCCAGAGUCGGCUAACUUAAUUGGGCGCGCACCGGGUUGCAUGGUGGGAUGAAUCGGAGAGAGAGAGAGAGAGAGUGUGGAUCGGAUUAUUUCCAUCCUACGCUUUUAAUCAGAGGUGCUUUUUCCAUCGGGGCCGGGAUCUUUUCGGUAUUUCAUCAUGUUUUCGGUGGGUGGAGAGAUAAUAUCUUGCAACUGUUGGGGGUUCUUGGUGUAUAUUUUUGGAGGGGUUCCCUCCUCCCUUCCCUUCUUGUAGACUUCAUAACUGAACAACCUGCAAAAGUGCACCAAGAACUGGACAGGGUUGGUCACCCCUUUUGUCGACUUUACGACCUGUGGACUUCCAACUCCCAGCGUUCUCGGCUGAGGCCUUCUGAGAGCUGAAGUCCACAGGUCGUUGUCAUCUGUAUUGACCGAAUAGUCCCCCACCCCACCCCAACCCCAAGGCCCUUUCUCAACCUUCAGGUUGUCAGAACGGCUGAACUUGCUCUGGACUGCCCGUCUGAAAGUUGCGUCCUUUUUACGAAUCUACGGGCACGCCACCAGUUGCGAUGCCAGCAACUCUCUGCCCAUUCCCGUUGCAGUCUGAAGCGGUAUAAGCCAGACGCGCAAGGCCAACACAAAAGGCUGAAUGGAAAAGGGUGUGAAGAAUUAUCGUAGAAAGCAAAGAGAAGAGGUCGUGGGCCUUGUACAUCUCUUGAUUUUUCCAUCCGUUCAAAGGGCAGCAGCAACAAUAGCUCUGUUUUACAAACCCGAUCCCUUUUCCUUGAGUCUGUCUCUUGGAAGGAAGGUGCCAAUCGUAGGGGCUUUUUCGCUGACCUGACAGUUUCUGGAAAAGAGGGGAGAACCCCUUUUUUGUAUCCCAGUUCAAAGGCUUGCCUGUGUUCUAGCAAGUCCUCCAUAGGUGGAGUAACUGGAAUUGCAGAAACUCAGGAUAAAAACCUGACUUUUAAGUUUUCCCAUUUCAGUUUGCAUAAAGGCAUCGUAACAGAUGCUUGGGGAUCCAGAUGUCAGCGGAAAAGUUUGUGCAGUGAGCAGGACAUCGGUUGGGAUAAGUUGGUGGCAUGCCCGUAGAUUCGUGCGAUAGAUGAAGCAGAGUUUUGCAGGUGUUUUUUUUUUUAAAUUUAAUCAUUUAUGGGUAGAACUGAGUUGCUAUUCUGGGAUACCAGGUUCUCCCCUGAAGUAAAGGAUGCAUCAGGUAGCUUGUUGAUAUUGGUGGCUUUGAGAGAACACUGUGGAAGGAAUACCUGAGAAAUGGAUGCCAUCCUUUCAUUCAGAAGUUGAGUGGCAGAUUAUCCGUAUUUCCCCCUUGCACUAGAUACUAUAUUAGGUGGCAAAACAUAACCUGAAUGUAAUAUUAAUUGAUUUCAGUCUCAGUUGCCUCUUUAUGGAGGAAAGAGUGAGGACCGGCUAAUAACAUUGCAAUUCCAGGAGAAUAAAUGGGAUCUUCAGUUUUUAAUUUUACUUCUUCGCCUUCCUGAAAUGGCUUAUAGGGAUUGCUAGGAUGCAAAAAAAAUCCCUCAAGCACCCAGGAUAAUAAAUCCCCCUUUUGAGAUUUAAAAUAGUCCUCUUCCUCGUUUUGUGCUUCCUGAUGCUUUCCUAGUGAUAAAACCUCUAGCGAUCUAGCUGUUUUACCUUAUUUUUUUUUCCUUUUUAAAAACAACCGCUGCAUUUUUAUUUAUUGACAUAUUUAUUUGAAAACUUGUUUAAAAAAGAAGAACAACCACUUUCGUGGCACAAACUGGCUUUAAACAGAUGUUCACAACACGGAACACCGGGGGGGGGUGGGGGUGGGGGUUGGGUAGAAGACCUUGUUGUCACUGAUCUCUUUUGUAGAGUUGUGGUUGCAUUUCCUGGGAAGGAAGCUGGUCUGUUGUUGUUGGGUUUGUUGUUUGUUGAACACUACAGUGGCAGUUCAACUCAAAGUGGGGGUAGACUUACAACUUCUGCUGACACUUUAUGGCGAUUGCAUGGGGAGGAAACCAGAAACUGACAGUUUGAACUUCAAUAAGAAUGCUGCUAAAAAAAAAAAUCACACACACAACUUCCUUUCCAUCUAGCCAGGCCAGUUAGCUUUCAGGAAGGGGGACCUUUAAGCGCCUGGAUGGCUGCCAGUUUUUUAAAAAAAGUGUUAAAUUUGGUUUUCGAGGAACGUUCCCUGAUCUGCCCCACUUAUUUUUUUUAUAAGUGGCAUCGUUUGAAGGGACACAGCUCUUCCUCCUGUGGCCAGAUCUGAACUCCAAAAAACAAAAGAAAAGAACCCCACUUAUUAAAACAUGGCAAAGAGUUGUGUUGGUGUGGGAGUCAUUGUUGUUCCCCUCACAUCUUUGGGGGUUUCGUUUUAAUCCUUUCGUUUCACGUAGAGAAUAACAAGAACUUGUUUUACAUGGAAAUCUGUCUGGGGUACUUUUCUUCACGACAGUCGAUUUUCUUU